AUGUCUGUCGUCUCGCUCGCUGUCAAGGAGGGUAACCCUGUUACCGAAGACACCGUUCGUCGCUUGGGCAAGAAGAUUUCGACCGGCAUGGAGUUCAAGAAUGAACAAGAUGUCAAGGACUAUACAGCUAUUUUAGCCGCCUUCCAUGACUCAGUGGACUCGAUUUUAGCGAUGGACGACUAUAUCCCACCUUCACUCAAGCCUGACUUGGAGCGGUUCCCUAGGGAGAAUAUCAGUUUUCCUAAGAAGGGCUCUGAUGCACACAAGAGGAAAAACUCACGCAAGGGCUUGCUCGAAGGUAAGACAGUUGUCCUAAAGGAUUGCAUAUCCGUCGCCGGGGUACCUUGUACGCUUGGAACCGAUGCCAUAUCUCCGCCAUGGACCCCUUUUGUGGACGCCACAGUAGUGACACGCGUGCUUGAAGCCGGCGGAAUUAUUGCUGGAAAAGCCUCAACCGAAUCUAUGUGCCAAUCAGCAUCAUCCUUCACCUCGGUCACUGGUCCCGUUGACAAUCCCUAUGCUCCUGGCCGAACCUCUGGAGGUAGCAGUUCAGGUUGCGGUGCACUAGUAGCAGACGGUUCAUGCGACAUGGCUAUCGGGGCUGAUCAGGGCGGUUCCAUUCGCAUGCCCAGUGCAUUCUGUGGUCUAGUGGGAAUCAAACCUACAUUUGGACUCGUUCCAUACACCGCUAUCGCAUCCAAUGAGUGGCAACACGACUAUGCUGGUCCGAUGUGCAGGACUGUGCAUGAUGCAGCGCUCCUCCUCCAAGUCAUCGCAGGGGCUGAUGGUCUGGAUGAUCGUUCUGGUGCUGGGUGUCCUUUUCCUCUUGAUGUGCCUCCAUAUCCGUCUUUACUCUCUAUCCCUGGAGCGGACCCUGUUGUACCCUUGAAGGGUAAGCGGAUAGGUAUUUUGAAGGAAGCAUUUAUGAUGCCUGUGCUCGACCCAAGAGUCGCAGACAAAGUAAAGCAGGCAGCAGAAUUGUUCAGAGACCUUGGAGCCACUGUGGAAGAGGUUAGCAUACCGUUGCACUCUAUCGCACCUACAAUAUGGAUGGCUGCAAAUCGUUAUGCAGGAGGAAAGACAAGACUGGGAGAAGCCAGCGGACAUAGACAAUAUUAUCAGAAUGACCUGCACAAUCUAUUGUUCCCCUUGACUCAAGAGAGAUGGGAGAAGUUUAUCCCUGCGACAAUCAACAGCCAACUAAAUAGUUUGUAUGGAUGGGAAAAUAUGUCAGGAGUCUAUGGAAAGGCAAUGAACAAGCUCAUGGAGAUUCAACACGCGUACAACGCCGCACUGGAUAAUCUUGAUUGUUUAAUUCUUCCCACAGUUGCUUUUGUUGCAAAUACGCAUCCUUCCCCAAAUGCCACUGCGCUUCAAAAGAUUCAAAAGUCUGUUGGGCAAGGGCUGAAUUGCUGCACGUUCAAUGGAACAGGUCAUCCCGCUCUGACAUUGCCCAUUGGGACGCUUCCUCCUGCUGAAUCAGAUUGGGUGACGGAGAAAGACGCAGAGCUGAAGCUACCAGUGGGAAUGCAGAUAGUGGGGAAAUGGUGGGAUGAAACGGGGAUCUUGCAGAUUGCCAAUGCAUGGGAGCAAAAGUAUAACUGGAAGAUAUUGCUGGUCUUGGGUAUACCAAUAUUUAUCUACGACAUCAAUCAGAACUAUGCUGUUACUCACACCGUCUUUGGAUAA